AUGACAAAAGAUAAGGUCACCGGGACUUUGGUUUUCGCUGUCGUCACAGCUGCACUGGGUUCCUUCCAGUUUGGAUAUGAUAUUGGCGUGAUCAACGCACCUCAAGAGGUAAUAAUAUCCCAUUAUGAAUAUGUUUUGGGUAUUCCACUGGAAGACCGAAAAGCUAUCAACAACUAUACUAUCAACAGUACAAAUGACCUGCCCACAAUCCCAUACCUAAGGGAUUCAACACCAACCUCUUUGGCGGAGGAAGAGACUACAACAUCUACUAGCCUCAUCACCAUGCUCUGGUCCUUGUCUGUGUCUAGCUUUGCAGUUGGUGGAAUGAUUGCAUCCUUCUUUGGUGGGUGGCUUGGAGACCAGCUUGGAAGAAUCAAAGCCAUGUUGGUAGCAAAUGUUCUCUCAUUAGCUGGAGCUCUCUUGAUGGGGUUUUCCAAACUGGGACCAUCUCACAUUCUUAUAAUUUCAGGAAGAAGCAUAUCAGGACUCUAUUGUGGGCUAAUUUCAGGCUUGGUUCCAAUGUACAUUGGUGAAAUUGCUCCGACCACACUCAGGGGCGCCCUUGGCACACUUCACCAGCUGGCCAUUGUCACAGGCAUUCUCAUUAGUCAGAUUGUCGGCCUGAACUUCAUCUUGGGCAGUCAUGAGCAGUGGCAUAUCCUGCUUGGUUUGUCUGCUCUGCCAGCCAUCCUCCAGUCUCUGCUGCUCCUCUUCUGUCCUGAAAGCCCCAGAUACCUUUACAUCAAGUUGGAUGAGGAAGUCAAAGCAAAGAAAAGCUUGAAAAGACUCAGAGGAAGUGAUGAUGUCACCAAAGACAUCACUGAGAUGAGAAAAGAAAAGGAAGAAGCAUCAAGUGAACAAAAAGUCUCCAUAAUUCAGCUCUUCACCAAUUCCAGCUACCGACAGUCUAUUAUAGUGGCAUUGAUGCUGCAUAUGGCCCAGCAAUUUUCUGGAAUCAAUGCGAUAUUUUACUACUCAACCAGCAUUUUUCAGACUGCUGGAAUCAGCCAACCUGUUUAUGCAACCAUUGGAGUUGGUGCCGUCAACAUGGUUUUCACUGCUAUCUCUGUAUUCCUUGUGGAGAAGGCAGGGCGACGCUCUCUGUUUCUAAUAGGAAUGAGUGGGAUGUUUGUCUGUGCUAUCUUCAUGUCCGUGGGACUUAUACUACUGAAUAAAUUGGCUUGGAUGAGUUACGUGAGCAUGGUAGCCAUCUUCCUCUUUGUCAGUUUCUUUGAAAUUGGGCCAGGCCCCAUCCCCUGGUUCAUGGUGGCGGAGUUCUUUAGUCAAGGACCGCGGCCUGCUGCUUUAGCAAUAGCUGCAUUCAGCAACUGGACCUGCAAUUUCAUUGUAGCUCUGUGUUUCCAGUACAUUGCGAAGUUCUGUGGACCUUAUGUGUUUUUCCUCUUCGCUGGAGUGGUCCUGGCCUUUACUCUGUUUACAUUUUUCAAAGUUCCGGAAACCAAAGGAAAGUCCUUUGAGGAAAUCGCGGCAGAAUUCCGAAAGAAGAGUGGCUCAGCCCAAGCGCCCAAAGCCGCCGUGGAAAUGGAAUUCCUUGGAGCCUCAGAGACUGUGUAA